UCCUGGUAUCAUUGCGAGUUUACUAAGACACACCUCAGCUUGGUACUUGUACACACUGUGGAUAACCAAGAUCGUAUUACAUAUUUGUUUGGGGCUUGGUGCAACAGGAACUAACCUUAUAAAAGUUUGUUGAAAUGAAGCAGAGUUGCGCAUUGUAAAUGAAGAGUCAGCUCUCAAAUAAAUAUGAUACUGUAAAAGAGAGCAAGCCUACCCACAAUCCUGUGCUGUUUAUCUUGACGGGACCCCUGUUUUCUACCCACAAGCCUCUGGGUGAAAGUUUUCCGUCUAUAGACGGAAAUGGCCUCUCCCAGGUCCAGUCCUAUGUGUAGAAAUGCUGGACAAAACAGAGGGGUGGGGUCUGGUGUCCCAUUCUGUGCAAGCUGUCGAGCCGGCGCAAAUCUCCCAGUCCAGUACUGCAUCGCUGAUAGAACUAUUUUACAUCAAAAUGGGUCCGGUUUAUGACCCAGCAGCUCUGCUGUUUACCACAUCUUGAGUUAAGCAGAGCGGGAAUUCGGCACAUGUUGCUUGCUCGUAGCUGAUUGAUCAUAGCACUGCACUUUGAAAUGCGGUAUAUAACCGAGGGAGCGUCUUUAAAAGAGGAGGAAAAGAAAGUCAAGAACAAGUGGAGGUGGGCUUGGCUCGACGAGCAAGACUCCGCGGGCAGACAGUUCCGCGGCUGGUGUACAAAGAUCGAUGAAGCCGGAGUGUGUUACUGCAUCGUUUGCAACAAGACCAUCGUGUAUGGAGGGAACGGAAAGAAAGUACUGGCAAAACACGCCAACUGCGACCAAAAACACGCUGCGAAGAUGCGCGAAGUCAUUGCGGGGAAGCUGUCUGUUCCACACGGAGUUCCAGAGUUUCAGUUACACGUCACUGUUUUGAAGGCAGGAGAGCUGCCUGCAUUAAAACGCUGCUCCCAAUGUUGUCAGUUGCAUCACUGCCCUUUUUGUAAGCCGUCUAUAUACAAGCCCAGGGACCAGUACAACGUGAGGCGACACCUGAGGGCUCAUCUUAAACGGGCAGUGCAGUGUGGAGAAUACUCAGUGUGCAAAUGCAACCUGGACUGCAGACCAGCUGGACAUUUCCAUUGUGUCGGUUGUUCAAAGACACUGAUACGGAGGCAGGAUAUAAUAAAUCACCUUUCGGUGUGCCGUCCAAAGCAGGCCGAGGGAGCGUCUCAGUCCGGCCCCGAUGCUGUAUCCCUGGACCCGAGCGCUUCCACGCCCCGCAGCGCGGCCGCACUGCCCCGUCAGGAUCCCUGUCCUGUAGCGGAGCUCACCGCCGCGUCUCUUCAGCGCACACGUUUACAUCAGGGAAACACUCCCCCCAGUGAGGAGGAGGUGACGGAGGCGGCCUGCUCUCUGAUCUGCGACUGGGCCGAGCACAUCCUGAAGCGCUCCUUCGACACGGUGGUGGAGAUCGCUCGCUUCCUGAUCCAGGAGCACAUUGUCAACCCUCGCUCCAGCACCGCACACACCAUCAUGUCUGCCUCUCUCGCCGAAAACCCUGCCAGACCCGACAAACGUCCCAGGAUCGAAGAAGAGAGCAGUUCUGCACAGAGAACCAGGCGAAAGAAGCCUAAAGCAGACAACAUGCAUUUCUCCUCGCAGAGGACACAAAUCCCAGCCAGCCUCAAGACAGCAGCAAGGAGGCAGAGGAACGGGACUAGCCAGCAGAACCGGGGCACUGCCUGCCCCUCACCCCUCACACUGCUGCCUAGACAACCAGCCAUAUCCAUCGUCACGGGCAACACGCCCCUCACACGAGAACCAGCCGCACCUGUCGUCAUGGGCAACACGCCCCUCAUGCGAGAACCAGCCGCACCCGUCGUCACAGGCAACACCCCCCUCGCGCCACAGCAUGAUCCCCUGCCCGCCCACAGCAGAGCCAGCUUACCUUGUUCUGAAACAGCAGCUGGGAUUCUUCACCCACCAGGAGCCUGCAAGGCCCAGAGCUGGACAUGCGAGGUGGGGGCAACCCAGUGGAGAUCAGGGGAUCCCACGGAGGCCGGGCCUGAGGAACCGGAACAAGAAUGGCCAGCCAGCCUCCCCCCGCCGUGCGGAAAGGACCUGUCAGACAUCAUUAAAGUGAUCAUCCUGGAUGACAGAGGAGCGGGAGCACUGCACCCCGCCAGCGAGGGAAACACGGAGGCUGCACUGCGGGAAACCAUAGACCUGACUGCAGAGAGUCCUUAAAAACGGAAGCGGGGCGCGGGGGGCUAAUGAAGUACUGGGAGGGGCGACGCUGCUUUGCUCUGCAUAUAUGUUUCAAACUGGUAGAGCAGCCCUGCUGCACACAGCCCUGGGGUUCAGGACUCCUUUUGUUUAGUUAUGUUCUUGCAGUGACCAGGUUAUUUGAAUACUCAUCCCCUUGUUUUACAGCUGGCCCCUGUCCCCCUCAUUUACAGGACCCCCCAUGAAUCAGGGGGCAUUGUUUCAUUCAUGUUUCACUGUUUAUCAGAUAAAACCUACAAUCAGAAA